AUGAUCAUGGGAGGUGUGAGAGAAUUGCUGCUCGUUGUGAUGACUGUGGGGGUUGUCAAAGUUUCUUGUUACCCUGUUGGAAAGUCCCAGAAGCAAGAUCAAGUCUCUCUGCAGAGGAGACUUGGAGAGCUGUCAUCAAAUGACGUCUCCAUUGUGCAUGCCCUGGCCUUGCUCAGAUCCAUAGGGUCUGACGCUAAACAAGCCAGAGAAGAGUAUUUAGAGACCAAUGAAGUAGAAUCCCAAGCUUCUCCAAACCAUGGUAGCUCUCCGGCAAAUGAUGCCCUGUCCUCUGAGGAGAAGCUGAGGCGCGUGUCCUCGGACGACGCCGCCACCUCUGAAGCUGCGACCGGCCCGUCUGGCGACGACGCCACCUCUGAAGCUGCGACCGGCCCGUCUGGCGACGACGCCACCUCUGAAGCUGCGACCGGCCCGUCUGGCGACGACGCCACCUCUGAAGCUGCGACCGGCCCGUCUGGCGACGACGCCACCUCUGAAGCUGCGACCGGCCCGUCUGGCGACGACGCCACCUCUGAAGCUGCGACCGGCCCGUCUGGCGACGACGCCACCUCUGAAGCUGCGACCGGCCCGUCUGGCGACGACGCCACCUCUGAAGCUGCGACCGGCCCGUCUGGCGACGACGCCACCUCUGAAGCUGCGACCGGCCCGUCUGGCGACGACGCCACCUCUGAAGCUGCGACCGGCCCGUCUGGCGACGACGCCACCUCUGAAGCUGCGACCGGCCCGUCUGGCGACGACGCCACCUCUGAAGCUGCGACCGGCCCGUCUGGCGACGACGCCACCUCUGAAGCUGCGACCGGCCCGUCUGGCGACGACGCCACCUCUGAAGCUGCGACCGGCCCGUCUGGCGACGACGCCACCUCUGAAGCUGCGACCGGCCCGUCUGGCGACGACGCCACCUCUGAAGCUGCGACCGGCCCGUCUGGCGACGACGCCACCUCUGAAGCUGCGACCGGCCCGUCUGGCGACGACGCCACCUCUGAAGCUGCGACCGGCCCGUCUGGCGACGACGCCACCUCUGAAGCUGCGACCGGCCCGUCUGGCGACGACGCCACCUCUGAAGCUGCGACCGGCCCGUCUGGCGACGACGCCACCUCUGAAGCUGCGACCGGCCCGUCUGGCGACGACGCCACCUCUGAAGCUGCGACCGGCCCGUCUGGCGACGACGCCACCUCUGAAGCUGCGACCGGCCCGUCUGGCGACGACGCCACCUCUGAAGCUGCGACCGGCCCGUCUGGCGACGACGCCACCUCUGAAGCUGCGACCGGCCCGUCUGGCGACGACGCCACCUCUGAAGCUGCGACCGGCCCGUCUGGCGACGACGCCACCUCUGAAGCUGCGACCGGCCCGUCUGGCGACGACGCCACCUCUGAAGCUGCGACCGGCCCGUCUGGCGACGACGCCACCUCUGAAGCUGCGACCGGCCCGUCUGGCGACGACGCCACCUCUGAAGCUGCGACCGGCCCGUCUGGCGACGACGCCACCUCUGAAGCUGCGACCGGCCCGUCUGGCGACGACGCCACCUCUGAAGCUGCGACCGGCCCGUCUGGCGACGACGCCACCUCUGAAGCUGCGACCGGCCCGUCCGGCGACGACGCCAUGGAUAUCUGA